UGCAUUUGCUAAUGGACUCAUAGCCCUUGGUGGUGCUAUCGGCGGAAGCGUAGUGAGUCCCAGCAUGCAACAGAUGCUUAUUUACAUUGGAUUGGCAAAUAUGUUUCGCGUGCUUGCGGGCGCGUAUCUUCUCCUCUCAGUAUUUUCACUUGUCUAUCGCCCGAAGCGUAGAGUUUUGCCUCAUCAGAAUGAUGUCAUAACUACGUUUGUUAAGAAGAGGCGUCUUUUUGACUGGGGAAUUUUAAAAAACAAAGCAUUCUUAAUGUGGAUCGUGGUUGUUUCCAUCUUCAUGCUUGGAUACAUGGUCCCCUUUGUACACUUGGUGCGCCUUGCUGAAGACAUCGGAAUCGACAAGACACGAGCCUCUCUUCUUCUAACGUUCGUGACAGUUGGAUCGGCAUUCGGUCGUGUUAUCGUCGGGCGCUUAUCGGAUAUCCGACGUUUCAAUCGCGUGUACAUCGUUCAGUUAGCGUUCCUAGUCAUGGGAUUCAGCAACUUUAUGGUACCAGUCACUGAAUCUUACCCCAUUUUAGCUAUAAAUGCGUUCAUAUUUGGAUUAUUUGCCGGAGCUUAUCUGAUCCUCAAUCCUGUGAUCGUAUGCGACAUUCUUGGUCCGGACAAAGUGUCGUACGGCUUAGGAAUGUCCUUCUUGUUGUUGUCUGUACCUCGCACACUUGGACCACUGAUUGCUGGGAUAAUUUAUGAUGGACUGCAGAGCUAUGCAAUUGCUUUUUACAUCCUCGGAGGCACGACUUGCCUAUCAGCCAUCUUGGUUACCUUUGUUUCAAUCUUGAUUCGAAGAAAAGUUGACGAUAAAAGUGAGGGUUGUAAAAACAAUGAGCCUGCGGUAUAAACUGACCGCUGACAGGAGU